CCUGUACUCAUUUAAUUUCUUCUCUUCUCUUUCCUCUUUUCUUUUUGUUUUGUGUCGGAUUGUUCCUUCUCGCUGUUUAUUGUCUUGUUUCAGUUUUCAUUUUUUUUCUCCCUCCUCCUCCCCCUGCCCGCACAAUGCUGAAUCCUGCAGCCACCUUCGUCUUCCCUUAUUCGUCCCCAUCCAACCUGCCGUUCGCUCGGCGGGCAGUCCCAGCGCAGUCCGGGUGAGAGUGUCAGGAGGUCCCGGAGGCGGAGGGAAGGAGGGAAAGAGGGAGGGAAGGAGGGGAGGAAAGGAGGGAGGAGGGCGAGCCACGUGUACGCGCUGCGCGCUCCCUCGCACUCCCUACCCCGCCGGGAGCACCAUCCAACAACAACCCACUAUCCAGGCCAGCAGAGUGUGUGUGUCUGUGUGUGUGUGUGCCUUGCCCCGCUGUCACUGCUAGUCAUGAGCGCACUCUCCAAUGCGCUUCACUGAAACCGCGCCGAAGACACUACUUCCAAGAAGCAGAGGAGCUGAGAAAGUCUCCAGACGAGCCCACCCCCCGGAUACAGGCAAGAAAGCUGCUGACAAACCCGGGUCCACAAAUGUCGCCGUGAAAAUGCACCGGGUAGAUUUCACCUGUGCUUAGGAUCUAAUUUUAAUUUUCAAAAAAAAGAGAAUAAAGGAAGGCGGGGGAGAGGGAGAACCUGGAAUUGACUUUGGCGUGGACCACAGUAGCAGGUCUGUUUCCUUGUAUGAUGUGCAACAAUUCACACUACAGUCAAGACGACCAGAGACAAUGUAAAUUCCUGUCAUAUAUGUUCUACCAGGCUGUCAGAGACCGCAAACCCGUGUGGAUGCUGGAGGAUAUGAGGACGAUGGAGUCGUUUUACUGGGAAGAGAACGCCAGCCUCCGUACGUACUCCCCGUCUGAAGCCCUGUUAUACGCCGUGGUCCACAAUCACCUCCCGUACGCCCGCUACUUGCUGUCUCACUACGCGGACGAUGCGUUGCAGGUUCCCGGCGAUCGCUUCUGCUGUUGCCCGUCCUCCGCUCCCCAUCUCGCCAUGGCCGUCAGGUACGACCGCAAGGACAUCCUUGGCUUGAUCUUGAAGAUCGCCAACCAACUGCCCGGCCUCAAGUCGUACAUUAACAGGAAGGGCUGCUUCCACGUCGAAGAUGGGAAGACACCGCUGCACUUGGCCUGCGAGCUGCUGAGAGCGGAGACCGUCCUCAUGUUACUGGGCAGCGGCGCCUCGCCCAAGAUAGUGGACAGCAAGGGACUAACCCCGCUGGACGUGAUCCUGGAGCAACUGCAGAUGUCCAAGAUCAACGCGGAAUCCAAAAAGUUGUGCAUGGAGCAUCUCCUUCUCUUCACCUCAAGUCUCCAGUUUAAGAUGAAGAGGGUCUUGAGAGACAACCCGGUCGAAUGGAAUAGGCUUCUGGGAGAAGAGAAGUAUAACUACCUCUGUGGGAAAGCACCCGCCACUUUAUUCCUCAUUUCUAUGCAGGGCAUCUUAAAAUGCCUCCCGCCGUCCGAUUUCCCAGCGAGCGUGAAGCAAUUGCCUAUCCCGCAGUCCUUAAAACCCUUGCCUCCGGAGAGGUUGAAACUGCGUUCAGUCGAUGUACAAUGAUAUCUUCCAGACCCUGCCAAUUCACCCUGACAGGGACUUUCGUGGACCUGAAAUGAAAUGUUGUUGCGGGAAUGUGUUGUAUCAAAUACAAAAUUGUCCUCUAAUGAAACAAAGCAUGGCGUGUGUUUCCUCAUAUAUUUUGUAUCUAGCUUGUCUAUAUUUCAACGCGUUUUUAAAGAACCGAUAGACAGAUUAAAAAAAAACACUGCAAAAUGAGCUGAUGGAUUAGCUCGUCAAACGGGACUUUCUUUUGACCCAAUGCUGUGUGGAGAAUGCGGAUCGAACUUGCAACCUUUACUUGACUCACUCACUUAAAUGUCAAUUUGCCAGGAAUUUAGAAGGAGGAGGGAGGUGCACUUUAAUUUCUGUUAUCAUGCAUAAAGGAGAAAAACAAAAUGCAACGCACCAGCAAGCUGUUUAUUUUUGCUUGUCUAGCAAAUAGGUUCUGGUUACAAAUCUAUAUCGUAUUUCUGCAAUCGCAUAUGCCCUCGAGUCAAUGUGACUUUGUGAAAUUCAGUACCGGUAAGGAUUAAUUUCGGUGCUGAGCGACACAUAACGUACAUAACGAUAACGUAUUUUAUCAAUCUUAUUGAUACACUUCCGUGUUCUAAACGACCUUCUAAUGUAGAUGUCACCUUCACUCCUCUGCUCCACACAGCAUGUGUAAUAAGAUGAGCGUGUUUAACCCAGAGAAUAACAUCCAGAAUUCACAAACAAUGUCGACAAAUAAUACCAUUAUUUGAUAAUGAAUCAGUGUAAUUCUUUACCACUGACGGCAAUGGAGGCAAACAUAUUGGGUAUUUUUUAAAGCGGAUAUUGAUGAAGGGGCGUCAAAGGUCAAAGAGAGAAGGCAGGAGUUAGAAUUGCGAGGGAGAAAUAGAUUAGCCACGAUCGAAUGGCGGAGAAAACUAGUUUGACUGAAUGGCCUAAUUCUGUUCCCAUGUCAUAUUUCUAGCUGACAAAAAAAUAAUGUUGCAUGUUUACCAUAAACAAUAAUAUAUUAUAAAGAGAAUAAGUUAUAUAUUUAUGAGAUAGUAUGUGCCAAAGUUCAUCAUUUAUAUAUAUAUAUAUAUAUAUAAACUUUUCAUAAUUGUAUAAUAACCAUUAUUCAGGCUCCUAAUAAUUCUAAAGACAUGGUGCUUUUUUACUUUAUAAGACUUUUAAUCAUGUGUAUUUGUUUAUUAAAUAUUUUUAAAGCGCAUUUGAAUAUGUAUUAUAACAAUGUUAUCCAAUAUAUUAGUUCUGAGCCAGAUAUGGUUCACUUUGAACCCAGAGCUGGCAAAUUGCAUUUUUGCUUUGUAAAUGGAAAAUCACGAUGUUUUUAAACAUGCUCUUUGACUAGAUGAUCUUAAUAUUAUGCAAUCUUCUUGUUCUUUGAGAAGCAGAGUGUGUGAGUUUUUACAUUGACCAUUUUGACUGCCUUACUGCUUCAAAUUAUCAUUAAUCAUUUUGACUGCUUCAAAUGGUGGUUGGUGUUUAUAUUGUAAAUAUUCAGAUGGAAAGUAUUUAUAUAUCGGGUGUAGAUGGAAUCAUUUCCUACUUACAGUGAAAAUUAUCCAAAAUGGUAGCAAGACCUGAACAAUUUUAGUUGAACAAAUUGCAGUAAAGCUUCUAUAGCUGAAUUAAAAGUAAAUGCAGAUGCAUGAAUUGACAUCUUUUGUACAACUAAUAUGCAUGUACGUGGAAUGAAUUUGUAUGAAAAAAAAGGUAAUAAAUGCUUCAAAAUCCUGCCAAAUGUCUGGGUAAAUAAUUUAAAGUUUAGAUGGAAACAGGAAACUCAUCAAUGAGGUGACAUUUUGUGCAUUUGUUUGUUUGGGAUGGAUUACUGACAAUUCAAGAGGUACAAUCUUUACAAGUCCACAUCAUCUGCAUGAAAUAGUUAAACUUUAUCUGUACGCCUUUAUUGGGUUCAGGGUUUAGAGCAGAUGUCUACAGAUCCUCACCUGUGGGUGGCACAGUAGCGCAGUGGUAGAGGAGUUGCUGCCUCAUAAUGCCGGAAGACCCGGGUUCGAUCCUGACUACGGGUGUUGUCUGUAUGGAGUUUGUACGCUCUCUAUGACCGCAUGAGUUUUUCGGCUUCAAGUUUGCAGGUUAAUUGUCUUCUGUAAAUUGCAAAUUGUCCCAAGUGUAUAGGAUUAUGCUAGUUUAUGGGGUGAUCGCUGGUCGGCAUGGACUCAGUGGGCCAAAGGGCUGUUUCCACAAUGUACCUCUAAAGCCUAAAAUCUAGUCUCAAGUCUUGUAUAAUGUUGCAUUACUCCAGCACCUUGUGUUUCAGCAUUGUUAAUUAAUAAAUAAAUAUUGGCCAACACAUGGGGCAUUAUGUUACAGUUCCUAUUCAGGUCCGUGUCAUAGAGUUAUACAGCAUGGAAGCAGGCCCAACCUGCCCACACUGACCAACAUGCCCAUCUACACUAGUCUCACCUGCCUGCGUUUGGCCCUUAUCCUUCCAAACCUAUACUAUCCAUGUACCUGUCUAAUUGUCUCUUAAACAUUGCAAUAGUACCUGCCUCAACUCCAUCCUCAGGUAGCUCAUUCCAUACGCGCACCACACUUUGUGCAAAAAAGUUUCCCCUCAGGUUCUUGUUAUAAUAUUUCCCCCUCACCUUAAACCUAUGCCCUCUUGUUCUUGAUUCCCCUACUGUGGGCAAGAGACUCUGUGCAUUCUAUUCCUCCCAUGAUUUUGUACACCUUUAUGUGAUCACACCUCUUCCUUCUGUGCUCCAAGGGAUAAAGUCCUUGCAUGCUCAAUCGCUGCCUAUAGCACAGGCCCUCAAGUUCUGGCAACAUCCUCCUUUCUAGCUUGGCAAUAUAUUUCCUGUAGCAUGGUGCCCAGAACAGAACACAAUAUUCUGAAGUCUGAACAAAGGUUUUGGCCCGAAAUGUUGGCUAUUUCCUUCAUUCAAUAGAUGCUGCCUCACCAGCUGAGUUUCUCCAGCAUUUUUGUCUACCUUCGAUUUUCCAGCAUCUGCAGUUCCUUCUUAAACAAUAUUCUAAAUGUGGCCUCACCAACAUUUUAUAUAACUGCAACAUGAUCUCCCAACCUCUACACUCAAUACUCUGACUGCUGUGAUGAGUGGUAUGGGAUCUUCUACUUCUACACAAGCUUGCAAUAGUACAUGUCAUGGCAAGGUACAAUCCAAACUGUCAAAAAGCAUUUCUGUAUUACACAAAGUUAAGCAGGUUCUGGAUCACAAAUCACUCCACAUUCUCUACUGUUCACUAAUCUUACCCUAUUUAAAUUACUGUGCAGAAGUCUGGGGCAAUAACUAUAAAAGUUCGCUACAUUCAUUAACUAUUCUGCAAAAAAGAGCAAUACGUAUUAUUCACAAUGUCAGGUAUCUGGGUCACACUAAUCCAUUAUUCUUACAGUCAAAAUUAUUAAAAUUAGAAGAUUUGGUUGCAUUUAAAACAGCACAGAUAAUGUUUAGGGCCAAAAAUAAAAACUUACCUGGAAAUAUACAAAAAUGAUUCAAUGAGCGAGUGGGGGGUUAUAAUUUAAGAAGAAUAUUUAAUUUUAAGGUACAAAGAGUCCGCACGACCAGAAAAACAUUUUGUAUUUCGGUCUGUGGAGUAGGAUUGUGGAACAGUUUGAAUGUGGAGUUAAAGCAAUGUCCAAAUAUGAACCAGUUCAAAAUGACAUACAAAAAACUUUUUUUCACAAGGUACAGGGAUGAAGGGGAAGGUUGACAAACAGGGGUUGAUGUUUAUUUAUUAUUUUAUUUAUUUAUUUAUGUUUUUGGUUACUACAUACACAUUACUUGUAUGGGUAUAUCAGUUGUAUGUAUAUAUAUGUCUGUAUGCAUCUCUAAAAAUUGUCUGGGGUAUUAUUAUUAUUAAUUAAUUAAUUAUUAAACAUGGAAGAAGGGUUUAGGGAGAAGGGGUGAGAUUAAAUAAGUUAUUCUUCUUCUCACUCCUUUUCGAGCUUGUAAAGAAAAAGUGUUGGACAUUUAAAUUUUGCUUUAUGCUUUUCAUUGCUUUGCAAAUAUUGCCUGGAAUGUCCAAUUGUUUGACUAUUUCGAUUUUGUUGGUGUUAUUUAUUCCUAUUUAUGUCUUUACUUGUUCGGAACAAAUAAAAUAAACAAAAUAAACAAAUAAACAAAGGUGCUGAUCGCUGCUUCGAUUUAGGAAAUUAUUUAUCUGCAACAAGUCAACUCUGUAAAUCCAUUUUAUACCAAGUUUUUAUUAACAGUGAUCUGGUAUUACAGCACAGAAACAUGUCCAUGCCGACAAAAUGCCCAUCUAAGCUAGUUCCAUUUGCCCACGUUUGGCUGGUAUCCCUCCAAACCUUUUCUAUUCACGUACCUGUCCAAGUGUCUUUUAAAUGCUGUUAUAGUGCCUGCCAGCUCAUUCGAUGUAUCCAUCAUCCUCUGAGUGAAGAAGUACCCCUCAGGUUCCAAUUAAAUCCUUUCCUUCUCACCUUAAACCUGUCUUAAUUUCUUAAAGCAAGGGUUCCCAACCUGGGGUAAAUUUACCCCAGGGGGUAAAUUCCGCCUAUCUAGGGGUUAAAUUGGUUGAUUCUGCAUUUGUACAUAUUUUUUCUCAUUGACUGUGUUUGGUUCUGGUAUACCUGUAUCUGUUCAUCAUUAGUUGUUCAUAAAUAAGUGAAAUAACAUUGUUAUGUGCUAUUAAAGUUGCCAGGGGUAAACAGGACGAAAAAGGUUGGAAAUCCCUGCCUUAAAGGUAUAGUUCUUAAUUGCCCUAGUCUGGGUAAAAUAUUCAGUGCAUUCACCCUAUCUAUCUCCCCCAUUUAUACACCUCUAUCAGAUGGCCUCUCUACACCAAGUUCAGAGGCAGGGCUCAGCUGUGCUGGCUGAAGGGGGGAGAAAUACUUUACACAUGGUUCUUCCACUUUGCACCAGGCUGGCAGGUAGGUCCCUGCCUGCAUUUGUAUGAAACCAAUGACCUGGAUUAAAAAAGGAAAUGGCAAGAAUCACGAGUGUUUAGUUUACAUUUGUACCAAUUUGGAACAAUGCUGCUACUCCAGAGAUGCUGCCUGUCCUGCUGAGUUACUCCAGCUUUUUGUGUCUAUUUUUGGAACAACAAAAUUCAUAUUAGGAAUUGAAUGGUUAAACGCACAGUCUUUUGCUCAGAAUUGGGGAAUUGAGAACCAGAGGACAUAGGUUUAAGGUUAGGGGGGAAAGAGUUAAUGUGAACUUGAGGAGUAAUAUUUUUACAUAAAGGGUGAUGGGAGUAUGGAACCAGCUGCCGGAAGAGGUAGUUGAGGCAGGUACUAUCGCAAUGUUUAAGAAACAUUUAGACAAGUACAUGGAUAGGGUACGUUUAGAGGGGUAUGGACCAAAUGCAGGUAGGCGGGACUAGUGUAGAUGGGACAUGUUGGUCGGCUUGGGUAAGUUGCGUCGACGGGCCUGUUUCUACACUGUAUGGCUCCAUGACUCUAUGACUUGCAGCAGCAUAGCAGGUCUGUAAACACGGUACUCAAUCGGUAACAAAAUAAAACAAAC